AUGGCUGCCUCCGAUACCGAGUCCCCUCGAACCCAACAAUCUCCGCUGGCUUCCCAACGCGAGCCUCCCAAAGGAGAACCUCCAGCAAGAGGCUUUUUCCCUUUAGGAUAUAAGCCUGCAUUUAGUCAGUGGUGGGCAAGCGUUUCACCCGCUGUCGCAGAACACAAUGUUUUGUCCUUUGUCCCAUAUCUACAAAAACCACCUACACAUACGCAGACUGGUUCUGCGCCAGUCUCAGCCGGCACGUCAACUACAGCCGUAAACGAAGAUCCGAAUGCGUUAUCAAAGCCAGUACGAACUAAUUCCAUAAACGAUCCUUACGGUCCGAGGCAAUGGCAUUCAAAUCUUGUGAAAUUAAGUGGGAAGAACAGGGCAAUAAAUGAGUUCUCCGUGGAGAGGAUUGGGGAAGAGGUCGAGGAUACAUUAGUAAUGCUCCAUGGCUACGGUGCAGGUCUUGGGUUUUUCUACAAGAAUUUUGAAGGAUUAAGUCGAGUGCCAGGUUGGAAGAUAUAUGCCUUGGAUAUGCUAGGAAUGGGACGAAGCACCCGACCAUCCUUCAAGAUCAGUGCCAAGGACCACGCUGGCAAAAUUGCAGAAACAGAAAGUUGGUUUAUUGAUGCGCUUGAAGAAUGGCGCGUUUUGAAGAAACUCGACAAAUUCACACUUUUGGGCCACAGUAUGGGUGGUUACAUGGCUGUUGCAUACGCCCUCAAAUACCCCGGCCAUCUUAACAAAUUGAUACUCGCCUCGCCAGUAGGUAUCCCCGAAGACCCCUACGCCACCUCAGCGGCGAUUCCCGAGCCCGAAGAAUCUACUCUCGCAAGCGAAUUUACCCAAGAUCAAGAAACCGACAUUGUCUCUGCAUCCUCAAAUCCAAGUAGACGCACCACCGGCAGCGACAACAACAAUUUUGGAAAUAUGCGCAAUAAACGCGAAAACAACAAAUCCAAAUCUGAACCAGCUAAACGACCCAUGCCCUUCUGGCUCACCUACCUCUGGGACGCAAACGUCUCUCCUUUCUCGAUAGUCCGCUGGGCCGGCCCCUUAGGGCCACGUCUAGUAUCAGGCUGGACCUCCCGCCGCUUUUCCCAUCUCCCCAGCAACGAAAAUGAAGCACUACACAUGUAUGCUUAUUCCCUUUUCCGCCAGCGCGGAUCCGGCGAAUACGCACUCCCCUACGUCCUCGCUCCGGGCGCCUUUGCACGCUCCCCCUUGAUUCGGCGCAUCCACGGCGUAGGCCGUCAACCCAUCCCUCCCUCCACCACAUCCCCAUCCAAUUUCGGACAAAAAGAACACGGAUACCCCAUCCUCCUCAUGUACGGCGACAACGAUUGGAUGGACGUAGCAGGUGGCUACGCUGCCGAGCAAGCCUGCAAAGAAGAACGCGAAAAAAUCCUCGCUAAAGCAUCUCAAGAAGAGAAGGAAUUAGAAAAUGGAAGUGCAAAGGUAGUUAUCAUUCAAAAGGCGGGACAUCAUCUAUAUUUAGAUGGAUGGGAGGAGUUUAAUGAAUUUAUGAGGGGAGAAAUGAAACAAACUUCGAUAGAUGGGCGGAAGAUGAAGAGUGUUUUGAAGAAAUUGGGCGUAGAGGUUGUAGAGGAAUAG